AUGAGGAAAAAGUCUGCUUCUGCCUUAAGCCUUACCACUUUGCUCGGCACGCGACACUUUGCUCGGCGCGCCACCCAGUUCCGCAGAUGUCAAUUGAGUCACGGCCGACGCCAUUCUUCCCUUUGCUUGUUCUUUUCUUCCCCCAUCUUCGUCUUGUCGGGGUUCUUUGUUACAUCUAGGCGGAUCCCGGGAACCAUUCGCCCCCCAAGCACCAGACUGCUCGCCCCUCCCCACCUCCCUCUGGUGCACCCUCUUACGAACGCAUCGUCACCAACUGCCGCCCUCAUCGAGCUGUGCGCUACGACCACGGCCAGCCGCCUGUCGAACAUGUUCUCCAUGGCACCUCCCACGGCGCCGUUGCACCUCGACGUCGAGGCCAUCUCGGGCAUAUGUGGCUCCAUUUCCAUUGCCUGCUGGGUCGUCGUCUUUUCGCCCCAGAUCCUCGAGAACUUUCGCCGCAGCAGCGCAGACGGACUGUCUCUGCAGUUCAUCAUUGUCUGGCUUGCUGGCGAUGUCUUUAACAUUCUGGGCGCCGUCCUGCAGGGCGUUCUUCCGACCAUGUGCUUCUACUACCGCGGCUUCACCUGGAAGGACGAGGUCGUGCCGCCGGCACCGAAGCCAAGGCCCGCGCGCGUCCCCGGCCGCGAACGCGACAUGCUCAACGAGCGCACCACACUGCUCGACCACGCCGCCGCCCACCGCGAGCGCCGCGGCUCCGACUGGUCGAACCUCUCGCCAGCCGUGCCGCUGCACGACGGCCCGCCGCCCGCGACGCCGGCGCAGCCGACGCGUCUGCAGACGGCCCUCUGGAACGCCGUCGCCAUCCUCAUGGUCUGCGCCGCCGGCGUCCUCGGCUGGCUCCUCAGCCGGCGCUACUCGCCCACGCACGGCGCCGGCCACGACGGUGACCACGACGGCGACCACGACGGCCACGACGACCACGGCGCCGACCAGCAGCUCGGCUUCAACUUUUGGGGCCAGGUCUUUGGCUGGCUCUGCGCCGUGCUGUACCUCGGCUCGCGGCUGCCGCAGAUCCUGCUCAACUACCGCCGCAAGUCGACCGAGGGCGUCAGCAUGCUCUUCUUCCUCUUCGCGUGCCUCGGCAAUCUGACGUACGUGCUGUCCAUCUUUGCGUACGACCCGCACUGCGGCCGCCACGGCUGCGCGCCGGGCCGCGGGUACGCGCGGUACAUCCUCGUCAACCUGUCGUGGCUCGCUGGCAGCAUGGGCACGCUGCUGCUCGACAUGGGCAUCUUUGUGCAGUUCUUCCUGUACCGCAAGGACGAGGACGAGGACGACGAUGAGUACGAGGGCGACGACGAGGACGAGGAGGAGGCUGAUGGGCACAGCAUUGACCAGGACCGGUGGGACCAGCGCCCGCUUCUCGCGCGGGGGGAUACGUCCUACCCUUAG